ACCCCGCAGCCGUCCAUCCACGCUGUACUGCCCGACUCCCAGGGACGCUCUGGUCUCAGAGGACUCGGCCGGGCCUGGGGUCCCCCGGGCCGAGGAGCAGACGGUUCUCCGCGUGCACGAGCCUGCCGCGCACGCACUCGCCCACGCGUGCACACGCCCACGCGCUCCCACCCAUUCGCUCCCGGCCAGCAUGGAGGUGCUGGAGAGCGGGGAGCAGGGCGCCCUGCAGUGGGACCGCAAGCUGAGCGAGCUGUCGGAGCCCGGCGACUGCGACGCGCUCCUGUACCCCACGCAUUUCUCAGAACUUCUGGAUGAGUUUUCCCAGAAUGUCUUGGGCCAACUCCUGAACGACCCCUUCCUGUCGGAGAAGAGCGAGUCUAUGGAGGUGGGGCCGUCCCCGACGUCGCCUGCGCCCCUCAUCCAGGCCGAGCACAGCUACUCCCUGUGUGAGGAGCCUCGCGCCCAGUCGCCCUUUGGCCACGCUGCCCCCGGAGACAGCUUCAACGACGAUGAAGUGGAAAGUGAGAAAUGGUUCCUGUCUACAGACUUUCCUUCAACAACAAUCAAGACAGAGCCGAUUACAGACGAGCCACCUCCAGGACUUGUCCCCUCUGUCACGCUGACCAUCACAGCCAUCUCCACCCCUUUGGAAAAGGAGGAGCCCCCUUUGGAAAUGAAUACUGGGGUCGACUCCUCGUGCCAGACGGUUAUUCCCGAGAUUAAGCUGGAGCCUCAUGAAGUCGAUCAGUUCCUCAACUUCUCUUCUAAAGAAGCCUCUGUGGACCAUUUGCACCUACCACCAACCCCUCCCAGCAGCCACAGCAGCGACUCAGAGGGCAGCCUGAGCCCCAACCCGCGCCUGCACCCCUUCAGCCUGCCGCAGACCCCCAGCCCCGCCCGGGCCGGGGCGCGGGCUCCCUCCUCCCUCUCCAGCUCGCCCCUCCUCACUGCCCCACACAAACUGCAGGGGUCAGGCCCGCUGGUCCUGACGGAGGAGGAGAAGCGGACCCUGAUCGCCGAGGGCUACCCCAUCCCCACCAAACUGCCCCUAACCAAACCAGAGGAGAAGGCCCUGAAGAAAAUCCGGAGGAAAAUCAAGAAUAAGAUUUCUGCCCAGGAGAGCAGGAGAAAGAAGAAGGAAUACAUGGACAGCUUGGAGAAAAAGGUGGAGUCUUGUUCAACUGAGAACUUGGAGCUUCGGAAGAAGGUGGAGGUUCUGGAGAAUACCAACAGAACUCUCCUUCAGCAGCUGCAGAGGCUUCAGACCUUGGUCAUGGGCAAGGUUUCUCGGACCUGCAAGUUAGCUGGCACGCAGACGGGCACCUGCCUAAUGGUCAUUGCGCUCUGCUUUGCUGUGGCAUUUGGCAGCAUUUUCCAGGGCUCUGGGCCCUAUCCGUCUGCCACAAAGAUGGCCGUGCCCAGCCAGCAUUCCAUGCCAGAGCCAUACACAGCCUCUGUCGUGAGAUCCAGGAACCUGCUCAUCUAUGAGGAGCACUCUCCCCUGGAGGAGCCAUCCAGCACAGCCUCGCCGGGGGAGCUGGGGGCCUGGGACAGGGGCUCCUCCCUGCUCCGGGCGUCUGGGCUGGAGUCCAGGCCGGAUGUGGAUCUUCCCCAGUUCAUCCUGUCAAAUGAGACGAGCCUGGACAAGGCCGUGCUCCUGGAGCUACAGCAGCACCUGGUCAGCUCCAAACUGGAGGGGAACGAAACACUAAAAGUUGUCCAGCUUGACAGAAGAGUGAACGCCACCUUUUAAAGAGGCGGCCUGCACCCCCACCCUCCUAACUCCACUUCUCGGUCACCAAAGCACCUCUGUCAUAAGCUUUUUCCUUUUUG